GGAGCUCUCUGGGAUCCGCUCCGAUGGCGAUGGCUGGAGCCUUGACCAUGGCCUGGGAUCGCAGGUUGGCCCUGCUGCUGCUGGUCACGCUGGGGCUGGGUCAGCGGCCACCCCCCACGCCCGGCUUCCCGGGCCUGAGGCACAGCUAUGACUGUGGGGUCGAGGGCAUGCAGCUGCUGGUGCUCCCCCCGGAAGGCCGCACUGUGCGGUUCAAGGUGAUGGAUGAAUUUGGGAACCAAUUUGAGGUGAACAACUGCUCCAGCUGCUACCACUGGGUCACGGCCAAGCCCCAGGGGCCUGCAGUCUUCUCUGCUGAUUACAAAGGCUGCCACGUGCUGGAGAAGGUGGGCCCACCCCCUCUCUGGGGGGCGUCCAGGGCUGGGGGCCGGCUUGGCCUCUCACGGUGUCAGGCUGGGAGGCCCCUCAUGGGCCAGGGAUGCACCCACAUCACUCAGGGAGCGGGUGGACGAGGGGGACUAAGUCCUGGGUUGCCGCCCACAAACCCAGCCCCCCACCUGCCGCCCAGCUGGGCGCUCCCUGGACAUCAGCCUGGCUGGAGCGGCCCCCAGCUGCUCUCCCAUUUGCCUUCUCCCCUGCAGGCCGGGCGCGCCCACCUGAGCGUGUUCAUUGAAGCUCUGCUGCCUGACGGUCGUGUGGACGUGGCACAAAACCUCACGCUGGUCUGUCCCAAACCCGCCCACAGCUGGACGACGCCUGACGGCCCCCUGGUCCCAUCCACCAGCUUCUCACUCUCCACCCCACACACCCGCGAGCUCAGUCCCACCACUGAGCCCAGCGUCGGCCCCCCAACCCCUGCCUCCUCAGCCCUUGGGCCGGGCCCCACCCACCCCACCCGGGCCGGCGCCCAGGGGGCCACGGAGGUGACCUGGGGAGCUGACAAGCCGGAGGACAUCGGUAUAAGCCGCUCCCUCCAUUUCCCUGCAAUUUCUUCCCUGGCUCCUUCUCACGUCCUCACCACUCUGCCGCCGGCCCUAGGCACCCGCCCGACCCCGGAGCAGUGUCGGGGGGACUCGGGGCACAUCCCCUGCAUGGCGCAAGGAAGCUCAAAGGAAGCCUGUCAGCAGGCUGGCUGCUGCUAUGACAACACCAGGGAUGUUCCCUGUUACUAUGGCAACACAGCGACGGUCCAGUGCUUCAGGGAUGGCCACUUCGUCCUGGUGGUGUCCCGAGAGACGGCCUUGGCGCACAGGGUCACGCUGGCCAACGUCCACCUGGCCUACGCCCCCACCCGCUGCGUCCCCACCCAGGACACGGGGGCCUUCGUCGUCUUCCGCUUCCCGUUCACCCACUGCGGCACCACCGUCCAGGUGGCUGGCAACCAGCUCAUCUAUGAGAACCAGCUGGUGUCGGACGUGGAUGUCCAGGCGGGACCACAGGGAGCCAUCACCCGGGACGGCAGCUUCCGGCUUCAGGUUCGCUGCAUCUUCAAUGGCAGCGACUUCCUGCCCCUCCGGGCGGCUGUCUUCCCGCCCGUGUCGCCCGCCUCUGUGGCCCAGCCUGGCCCCCUGCGGCUUGAGCUGCGGAUCGCCAAGGACGAGACUUUCGGCUCCUACUACGAGGAGAGGGACUACCCGCUGGUGCGGCUGCUCCUGGAGCCCGUCCCCGUGGAGGUCCGGCUCCUGCAGAGGACGGACCCCCGCCUGGCCCUGGUGCUGCACCGCUGCUGGGCCACCCCCGGCGCCAGCCCCUUCCAGCAGCCGCAGUGGCCCCUCCUGUCCGACGGGUGCCCUUUCGAGGGCGACAGCUACAGGACCCGCCUGGUGGCCUUGGGCAGGGCCGGGCCGCCUUUCCCGGCGCAUUACCAGCGCUUCACCGUGGCCACCUUCGCGUUCCUGGACUCUGGCUCCAGCAGGGCCCUCAGGGGACCGGUCUACUUCUUCUGCAGCGCCUCCGCCUGCUCCCCGUCGGGGCUGGAGCCCUGCUCCGCUCCCUGCGGCUCCAGGACUGCACGCCAGCGCCGGGCGGCGAGGGGCCUCGGGGACACUGCCGAGCCGCAGGACGUGGUCAGCUCUCCGGGGCCCGUGGGCUUUGCGGACUCCUACAGGCAGGAGCCCGCGCCGGGGGCCACAGGUACGGGCCUUGGCCGCAGGGGCUGCUCAGCAGGGAAGCUCCGCGUAGUAAGGGCAGGAGACGUCAUUCGUUCCAUGGGAGCAACAGAGAGAGAAGGCCGGCGGCGGCCGCGGCGGGAGGUUACCAGGCCGGGAGGGAGGCCGCCCACCCUGACAGCCUCGCCCCCCCUCCCCUCUGCAGGCUCCGCCGGGAACUCGGACCCGAGGCUUGCCCUCGGGGUGGCCCUGCUGCUGGCGGCUGUGGCCCUGGUCCUGGGGAUCGGUGUCUUCGUGGGCCUGAGUCGGGCCCAGGCCCCGGGGCUCCUGGCGGGCAGCAGGGGCUGAACGGCUCAAUAAACGUGUUCUCAAGCUCUCUGUGCGGAGCAGACUCUUUC